AUGUCUCAAGACUCCGGACCCCAGACUCCGGCUGACCCCGUUGACACCGAAAAGACUCACCCGUUUAAUGGCACUGGCACGGCGGAGGAUCCCUUCAUCGUCGAGUUCCAGAAGGACGACCAGAGCAAUCCCAUGAAUUGGGGCAGAUUAGAAAAUGGUUCCUAA